ACGUACUACGUAAACUAACCAGUUUCCAGGAAGUGAUCGAAAACUCACGUUGAGAAAGUACUAUAGUCGGCAGGUAAAUGUUUCGGUUGUGGCACGGCUUUGACACCCGGGUGAAGCUUCUGGUUUUAUCUUGUAGAGCUAGAAACAUGUCGAAAGAGUCUGGGAAUGACUCUGGGAGAAACUGCGCCAACAGGUCGAUUCACUCGGACAGCGUUGAGGAGAUCCACAACGUCCCAAUGGAAGUCAUCAUCAGACCGAUUCCUCCGGUCCUGGAUGAGCUGAAAGUUCAGGGUCUGAUGAAAACUAUACAGGUAACAAAGGCAGUUAUACUUCAUAAUGUUAACACCUAUUAUAUUUUCUCUCCUUUUCUGUUUCUUUUUCAUACUUUAUUUCAUUCAGUAAAUAUUCAAAACAUUCAAUACAAACAAGGAAAAUCUCAAACAUGUGAAUAAAAAGGAGCAGAAAGAAGAAAACUCUUAAUCAACUAAACACAUGAUAAAAAUAAACAAGAGCUGCAGGCCAACAUGCCUUUUUACACUUCAUUAUUUCUUAUUUUCAAAAACAACCCACAAAACGAACAAAAAAGACCACAUUAGUUCUCUUUUUUUUUCACAAAACAAACAUACCAAGACUUAGAUGAACGUAUUUCCCUGUAUUUACCCAACAUACUGGCUUUGACACUUUUUUUGAAGAUAAAAUUUGAUUUAAUUUUUUUGUUCAGAUUGUUCCACAAUCUUUAGUUCUGAUUCUUGGCUUUUAAAAUAUUUCAAAUCCUUUUCAAUUAUAACAACUUUAGCUCUGGAUGUUGACUGGUAAAAUUUUCCUAUGAGCUUUAGACAUAAUCCCCAACAUACUGAAAUCUACUAACUCAUUUAAUUUUAAAAACUGCAAUCGAGCAAAUACUGGGUUUAAAGGAUCUCUUUAUUUACUUAUACUAAUAAUUCGUAUCGCUCUUUUUUGUAAAAUGAAAAUUGGCUGUAUGGAGGCACUUCCCCACACUUCAACACAGUAGGUCAGAUAUUGAGCAAUAAUUGGAUUAUACAAGAAGUACAAAGCUUUCUUUAACUAACAUGCAAAAAAUUCAGCAAAGUUGCAGUGCCCUGCUAUCAAAGUAUUUUAUCCUGAAGUUGUUGUAACAUAAUCAGCAGGAUUUGGUCAAAUUAUGAUUGAAUUUACUGCAAUGAGUAAAAAUGACAACACAUGCAGCAGGAAAAAAAAUCUUUAUAUGUUAAUUGAAAAAAGAAUGGGUGCUUUUUCAAUCAACUUAAGAACUAUUGGCUUAAAAUAUCUUGAAAUUAGAUUUGUAUUUGGACCUGUCAUUAUUGUGUCCCUAAUCCUGCUGUAAGAUCAACAGUCAGUGUGACUUUCCUUCCAGGAGACAGCAGACGUCAGCGUUGUUCCUCCCAUUGAUGUGCUCUGGAUCAAAGGCAGAGAGGGAGGGAAUUACUUCUACUCAUUCGGGGGCUGUCACAGGUUUGCUGCCUAUCAGAGGUUAAACAUGUCGACCAUCCCAGCCAAGCUCAUCAAGUCAAACGUCUCAGACCUCAGUACCUACCUGGGAGGUUCAACGCCUGAUCUGCGGUGAUAACAGAGAAAGUAGCUGCUUUUUUUAAGAGAUCUGGUUCAGAUGACUCACACUUUGACUCUUCUGUGACAGCUGCUGGCUGCAGGGUGAAGGAUUUACCAGCAGGGGGAAAUGUAACUCUUUAGCCAAACAGAUGAUCCUCAACUCCUGAUAGAACCUGUGUAAUGUUAUUUAAAGUGUGUGUAAGUUUGUGUUUAAUCCAUCCAAAAAUAUCAAGAUAUUCUGCUUUAGUAAAAAUACAGUUUGUGCAAAAACAACAAAUUGAAUGAUUUAACUUAAAAAAUAUAAUGGUUUUGUGAGAAUACAUACUAACUUUAAAUAGCCAAAAACACAUUACAAAACAGCUGGGACAGAGACAAAAACACUAGAAAAGUUGUGUGAUGCUAAAAAACACUUGGAGGAACUUCUCACAGCAAAGUAUGUUACGCAACUAGUUAAUAACCUCACUGAGUAUAAAAAGAGCUCUCCAGAGAGGACAGGUCCUUCUGAGGGCAGAUGUUCACCACUCUAUGAGAGACUGUUUGAGGAAAUAGUUCAACAAUUUCAGGAUAUUGUUCUUGGGUGUGAAAUUGGAAAGAAUUUGAGGAUUUCAUAAUCUACAGGACAUGAUAUGAAAGAGAAAUGGGGUGAUACUAGGACAAAACUUAUAACUGUUUCUGAAAGGCUGUGAUAUUCAGGCCUCAGGUGGCACAGCUUUAAAAAAGCGAUGACUCUGUUGUAGUAAUCACUACAUGAGGGCGUAAUCUCAUCCAAAAAAAACAGUCCGUGAACCCAGUUUGUCGCUGCAUUUUUAAAAACAGGUUUAAACUGAACCAUGCAAAGAGGAAAUCAGAGAGCUGG